ACGGGGCCAGGGCCGGAAGUGGGCGUGGCAGGGACGGAAGCCGGGAAGGGCCGCACGCAGGGACAACACACUGGAAGUGGACGCGGCGCCGGGCCGCCGGGAUGAUUCCCCCGCAGGAGGCGUCCGCCCGGCGGCGGGAAAUCGAGGAGAAGCUGAAGCAGGAGGAGGAGACGCUGUCCUUCAUCCGAGACAGCCUGGAGAAGAGCGACCAGCUCACCAAGAACAUGGUGUCCAUCCUGUCGUCCUUUGAGAGCCGCCUGAUGAAGCUGGAGAACUCCAUCAUCCCUGUGCACAAGCAGACGGAGAACCUGCAGCGGCUGCAGGAGAACGUGGAGAAGACGCUGUCCUGCCUGGACCACGUCAUCAGCUACUACCACGUGGCCAGUGACACCGAGAAGAUCAUCAGGGAGGGCCCCACAGGCCGGCUGGAAGAGUACCUGGGAAGCAUGGCCAAGAUUCAGAAGGCGGUGGAGUAUUUCCAGGACAACAGCCCAGACAGCCCGGAGCUCAACAAAGUGAAGCUGCUGUUCGAGCGGGGGAAGGAGUCUCUGGAGUCCGAGUUCCGCAGCCUGAUGACCCGGCACAGUAAGGUGGUCUCCCCGGUGCUCAUCCUGGACCUCAUCAGCGGGGAGGAGGAGCUGGAGAUCCAGGAGGAGGUGCCCCUGGAGCACCUGCCGGAGGGCGUGCUCCUGGACGUGGUCCGCAUCUCCCGCUGGCUGGUGGAGUACGGCCGCAACCAAGAUUUCAUGAACGUCUACUACCAGAUCCGCUCCAGCCAGCUGGACCGUUCCAUCAAGGGCCUGAGGGAGCACUUCCGGAAGAACAGUUCUGUCUCCGGGGUCCCCUACUCCCCUGCCAUCCCCAACAAGAGGAAAGACACGCCCACCAAGAAGCCCAUCAAGCGGCCAGGGACGAUCCGGAAGGCUCAGAACCUUCUGAAACAGUAUUCCCAGCAUGGUCUAGAUGGGAAAAAGGGGGGCUCUAACCUCAUUCCUCUGGAAGGUCACGAGCAUGAUUUCCGAGUUAAGCACCUGUCCGAGGCCCUGAACGACAAGCACGGGCCGCUGGCCGGGAGAGACGACAUGCUGGACGUGGAGACGGACGCCUACAUCCACUGCGUCAGCGCCUUCGUGAAGCUGGCGCAGAGCGAGUACCAGCUGCUGGUGGAGGUCAUCCCCGAGCACCAUCAGAAGAAGACCUUCGACUCCCUGAUCCAGGACGCACUGGAGGGGCUGAUGUUCGAGGGGGAGAACAUCGUGUCCGCGGCCCGGAAGGCCAUCGUCAGGCACGACUUCUCGGCGGUGCUCGCCAUCUUCCCCAUCCUGCGGCACCUCAAGCAGACCAAGCCCGAGUUUGACCAGGUGCUGCAGGGAACAGCUGCCAGCACCAAGAACAAGCUGCCCGGCCUCAUCACCUCCAUGGAGACCGUAGGGGCCAAAGCGCUCGAGGACUUCGCCGACAACAUCAAGAAUGACCCGGACAAGGAGUACAACAUGCCCAAGGACGGCACCGUGCACGAGCUCACCAGCAACGCCAUCCUUUUCCUGCAGCAGCUGCUGGACUUCCAGGAGACAGCAGGUGCCAUGCUGGCCUCCCAAGUUCUUGGGGACACAUACAAUAUUCCUUUAGACCCCCGAGAGACCAGCUCCUCAGCCACCAGCUACAGCUCCGAGUUCAGCAGGCGCCUCCUGAGCACUUACAUCUGUAAAGUCCUGGGUAACCUGCAGCUGAACUUGCUGAGCAAGUCCAAGGUGUACGAGGACCCAGCUCUGAGCGCCAUCUUCCUGCACAACAACUACAACUACAUCCUCAAGGCUCUGGAGAAGUCGGAGCUGAUCCAGCUGGUGGCCGUGACGCAGAAGACUGCCGAGCGCUCCUACCGGGAGCACAUCGAGCAGCAGAUCCAGACGUACCAGCGCAGCUGGCUAAAGGUGACCGACUACAUCGCCGAGAAGAACCUGCCCGUGUUCCAGCCGGGAGUCAAGCUCCGGGACAAGGAGCGGCAGGUGAUCAAGGAGCGGUUUAAGGGCUUCAAUGACGGCCUGGAGGAAUUGUGCAAGAUCCAGAAAGCCUGGGCUAUCCCCGACACGGAGCAGAGGGACAAGAUCCGCCAGGCUCAGAAGCGCAUCGUCAAGGAGACCUACGGGGCCUUUCUGCACAGGUACGCCAACGUGCCCUUCACCAAGAACCCUGAGAAGUACAUCAAGUACCACGUGGAGCAGGUGGGCGACAUGAUCGACCGCCUCUUCGACACCUCCGCCUGAGCCUGCGCUCCCGCCCGGGCCCCGGCAGCGUGGUGUUGGACAUAAACCGUGUGAACCUGC